AUAUAUGCAACGUUACAGGUACCAAUAUCUGACUGGUUGAUGAAACCCGUGGCAGAGCUAGCUACCAGCAAACGGACUUAUAACGGCAACACGCGUACACGUCUUGUUCUCAAACCGCACAAUUGAAAUCUAUGUACGGUAGCAUGUUGCAAAGGCAAGAUCUUCUGAGUACAGCAGAUUCUUCUUGAAAUGACGGUGCCUGAUGAAGAAACACUUACAAGUUUUGUUGCGUUUCGAUAUAUAAACAUGAAUAAGUCUUCGUCAUUUUCAGAGGCAGAAGAAACAGGUUAUGACAUCCGGAUUGUGGCGGCAAUUAUCAUUACUGUGGCAAUUUUGGGCACAAUUGGUAACAGUUUCGUUAUCAUCGUUGUUGCUUUAUCCAAGAAACUACGGACCACCACCAACGUCUUUGUGGUCAAUUUAGCCGUAGCUGACGUACUGACCUGCCUCUUCCUACCCUGGCAGGCUGUGGCGAUCGUGGGAGGCGAUGACUGGCCGAUACCGAGGGCGCGAUUUGCUUGCACUGCUGCUUCCUUUGUCAUUUUGGUCACAAUCGGAUGCAGCAUGAACAACCUGGCUCUGAUCGCAAUCAACCGUUGGGUGGGCAUCACCAAGUCCCGCUCCACCACCCGUCGCAUCUACACCGCCCGUAAGCUCGCUCUGAUGGUCAUCGUUUCCUGGGCUAUACCGCUCGGCUGCGCCCUGACGCCGGUCUUAACAGACUUUGGUGAACUUGGCUACGAAAAGCUGUACAACUUAUGCAUAUGGACGUCACAAGAGACCAUAGAAGCAACACGAGGAAACACAUCAACGAGGUUGAGAAUCUCUAAGAGGCAAGUGGACGUCACCAAGAACUGUGCGUACGUCGUCUUGGCGUUCAUUUUUUGCUACACGCCAUGUUUUGUUGCCAUAACAAUCUCGGAUCUCGAGUGGAUCUACAAAGUCGCGCCUUGGGCUGUCGCCACGAUGUUCUGCAACAGCAGCGUCAACCCCGUCAUUUACGCAACCUCGCACCCAGACUUCAAAGAGGUCAUCGGGCACCUGAUGUGUCGGCAAAGAUGUCGGACAAUACCCCAAAGUGAUCCAAGUCCGAGAGCCAGGGCAGCAGUAUACGCCAUCAGCUCCCCUGCCAACCAGGAAUGCCCAGAGAACGAAGACCACAGAAUGUGA